AUGGUGGCAGGCUGUUAUGGUGGUCUAGGAGUAGCUACGAAUAAUGAGGCAGAAAUUUUAGCAUUAGAAAAAGGACAGAGAUUGUGUAUAAGAGGAAAGUUGUUCCCAAUUAUCAUUGAAGGGGACUCCCAGAUCAUCAUCAAUGCAAUCAUGAAGGAGGAUACACCGAAUUGGAAGCUCAGAAGUCAUGUCAAAAUUAUAAUUGAUCUACUUAAGAGUAUUCCGGAGUUCAGAUUAGAGCAUAUUUCUAGAGAGGCAAAUAAAGGUGCGGACUUCCUGGCCAACAAGGGAGUACGUGAGGAUAUUAAGACAGAGGUUUAUUUAUCAGAGCUAGGUUGGGAAGAAUUAUGCAUAAUAUUGAAUGAUGAUGCUGCUCCAGAAAUGAUUAACAUGAGGAUAGGGAUAGGAUAG